UCCGUCCACAGCCGCCAGCCCCAGAUUGGCAAUUUGGGUCCUUUGGAGUGAAAGGUUCAGGUGGGGGACGGACCUUCCAAGGCCCUUGCGUUCCCGCAUCCUCCGCUCUCCAAUGGUCUGUCGCGGAGCCUCUUAGUGAAACCCGCUGCUCCUGCUGUUUGCAGCCUUUGGAGUUGCUGCGCGGAGUGCUCUUGAAAAGAAGAUAAAUUCACUGGUUUUGCAGCAAACCGAAUGGGGCUUCAGUUGUCAUGGGUGUAACCAGUGAGGUGUCAGUGUCACACUCCGGAGUAAAACUGUUGCUAGACAAAAUGAUGCCCAGUGAGUUGAAGCAGGAUGCAUGUUCAAAUCCCCAUGUCGGGGCUGCUUGGGAGACCACAGGAUCUGAGAAAGAGAGCUCCAGUCAUACUCAGCAGUGCAGCCCGCAAAUAAAACGUCUUUGUCCUGAGAGUGCUCGCAAGCACUUCCGGAGCUUCUGUUGGCGUGAAGCAGCUGGACUGCUCGAAGCUCUCAGUCAACUUCAAGAAUUAUGCCAUCAGUGGCUGAGGCCAGACAUCCACUCAAAAGAGCAGAUCUUGGAACUGCUGGUGCUUGAGCAGUUCCUGACCAUUCUGCCCAGGGAAAUCCAGGACUGGGUGCAGAAACAUCAUCCGGAGAACAUCAGACAGGCUGUGGUCCUGGUAGAAUGCUUGCAGAGAGAAUCAGAUGGAACAAAGAAUGAGGUCGCAGCCCAUGAGCUGGGAAAGCUGGCAGUGCUCUUGCGAGGAACAGCAGUGUCUCCAGGCCUCACAUGGAAGCCAGCAGAACCCCAAGUAAAGGGUUUGUUCCAGAGAGAAUGGUGGCAUGCAUACCACCUACUACAAGACCUGCUGGGCUGGCACACGUCCAAAGAAAUCCAGGCUGUAUAUAAAAGAGCUAUGCACACUCCACAGAUUGUAGGCCUUUCUGGGGAGAAAAGCAUCAGAGACCAGAAGAUGGCAUCUAAGUUCAUGUUGCCUGAGUCCCAGAGUCUGCUGACAUUUGAAGAUGUGGCCGUGUAUUUUUCUGAAGAAGAAUGGCAGUUAUUGGACCCUGCUCAGAAGACCCUCUACAGUGAUGUAAUGUGGGAAACAUAUGAGGCCGCCUCCUUUCUAGGGUUAAAGCUCAAGAAUGACACCAGAAAUGAUCAGUCUAAAUCUACUUCUGCAUCAGAAAUACAAGCACCAGAAUGCCAAGUAUCAAAGAAGACCAGAAUGAAGGUUGUCCAGAAAAGAGCAGCCAAAGAGAAUCACAGUGAUACUUGCAGGGUAGAGAAGCAGGGUCAGGGUUUUCCAAGGAAGAAGAGAAAGAAACUUUCAACUUGUAAGCAAAAGCUUCCAGAGCUUAGCGAUCAUCACAGGAAAGGUCACACAGGGGAGAAACCUUUUAAGUGUCAAGAAUGUGAGAAAAGCUUCAGAGUUAGGUCUGGCCUUAUUAAGCAUCAGAGAGUUCACACUGAAGAGAAGCCCUAUAAGUGUCAACAGUGUGAAAGGAGGUUUAGAUGGAGUUCAGAUCUUAAUAAGCACUUCAUGGCACAUCAAGGAAUAAAACCAUAUACAUGUUCAUGGUGUGGGAAAAGCUUUGGUCAUAACACAAAUCUACACACACACCAAAGAAUUCACACAGGAGAGAAGCCUUUUAAGUGUGAUGAAUGUGGAAAAAGAUUUAUUCAGAACUCUCACCUUAUUAAACACCAGAGAACCCACACAGGUGAGCAGCCUUUUACCUGUGGCAUGUGCAAAAGAAACUUUAGCAGACGGUCCAGCCUUAUUAGACACCAGAAGGUGCAUAGAAGGGAAGCAUGUCCAGUCUCUCCAGUCUGAGGAGGGUCACGUAUAGAAUAACAGAAGUGACGAAAGAUUAUACAAUUGUGAUGUGCCCAAUGACAGGAAUCUGUUACCAACAGGAAGUUUAUGUCCUAUGUCACAGAAAUGAACCUAACUUGUCUCUUACUCAGCAUUGUGUCUUCAGUCCUUAGCAUAAGACUGAUACUUUAUAAGUUCUUUAUAAAUAAAAGGAUACAAAUGUAAA